GCAAACUCUAAUUGAAGCGCGCCGUCUAUGAUGCGCUUUCAUUAGAAUCACCGAACUGGAAAUGGAAGGUGUGGAGGAGAGCAAGUGGCUAGAGCAGGAUGAACAAGAGAAUGUGGGUCAUGAAAAGAAGAACGAGGUUGAAGACACCGAGGAGCUGGAGGUGUUCCGGAGGCAGUGGCAGGAGGAGCUGAAGCACGCCAGCUCUGAUAGCAGCCAGCAGCGGCAGCAGGAGAAGAAAGAAACGGAGGCAGCAGGUUUGUACUGGAUGGGAGUGGCAGCAGAAAGAAGUGGAGAUACACAUUCAGCUCUGAUUUACUACCGCCAUGCUGUGCAGCUGGUGCCUGAUAUAGAGUACAGGGUCCACUCACAGGACACCCCCAGACAUUUGAGAGAAGAAGGAAAUGAUUCCAGUGAUGAAGAUGAGGAGGAGAGGGAGGAGGAGGUGGAGGUGAGGAGUGAGGUGGUGGAGGAGGGUGUGGUCUCCAUUACCGAGUCACUGAGUCGCAUGAACCUAAGAUCCCCAGUCUGUCAGCCUGACAGACCUACCAGGGCUACCCACAUAUCUUCCCUGCCGUGGGAGGUGUUGAGACUGGUCCUGCACUGCGUGGUGUCUGUUCAUCUCGACAUGAGGAGUCUGGAACAGUGCUCCAUGGUCUGCAGAGGGUUCUGCUGUCUUGCAAGGCAGCCCGCGUUGUGGAGGAUGGCCUGUCAAAAAUUGUGGUCGAACUGCAGCCUAACAGGGUCCUUUGAUAACUGCUAUAGAAGUUGGCGGGAGAUGUACAUAAACCGUCCACAUCUCUACUUUCACGGUGUGUAUAUAAGCAAAAUAUCGUAUGUGAGAAGAGGAGAGCACUCUUUGGAUGGCUACUAUAAGCCAUACCAUACGGUGGUCUACUACCGAUAUCUCAGGUUCCUUCCAGAUGGUGUGGUGAUGUACCAGACGUCGCCGGAUGACCCUGGCAAUGUCGUGGGCAGACUCUGUCACAAGCACAGCUCAGAGUCCGUUCUACUGGGAGAAUACAGCCUGGAUGGAAACAUGUUGACAGUAGACGUGCUGGGAUACCAGUCGAGGCUGGUGCCACAUAGACACAGAGGCAGGGAAAAAAGGGAGAUUACACAUGAGCAGAGAUUUCACAUGGAACUGAUUGUGAAAAGAAGUAAAAAGAGUCGUAUUUUCAACCAACUAAUAUGGCAGGAGCACUACUGCCACUCUCUCCACAGGCCAACUGGGAGCGUGCAUAUCUCUCAUUUCUCGAUAGACUACAAGUAUCCUCCGUUUUUCUUUUCCCGUGUGAAGAGCUAUACAUCCAAUUCUCAGGGGUUCCUGAGCUAACACAUUAGCAAUCAUUAUUUCAAGCGCACCAUCUAGAGCCUCGUAAUUCCCAGUCCGCGCAAUUAGAGGGCGCCGGGGAACGCGGCUCUACGUAUCGCGUAUACGUGCGUACGUACGUGUAUACAUAGCUAGAGAUCUAGCUUCCGCCGCGGCGCAACGGCUAGAUGAAAAUUCCCCGGGUAAUUCCCUAGGCUAGGCUUACGCUAGCUGUUGGGUGCCGGCAAAUAUGGGAGCGAACGAAAGUUCGGACUAUGGCGAGCGCUACAGAGUCGUUCCUUCGUCUCAGCUCGCUCGCAGCCGGAGAGAAGAACCCGAUCAGUUCCGUGUGCUGCGCGUGGAGGCCGAGCGCAACGAGAUCCAGGUCGGCGGAACGCGGCUGGAGACGCGACGGGUCAACGUUGUUAGCGCUGCAGGCGGCGGUGGGCGACUGCGGCUACAGCAGCGGGAGCACGUGGAGAUACGCCUACAGGGACAAACGGCGAGGCCGGGGCUCGAGUGGCGAAGUCCCCCUCGAUUAGCUCUUGGAGGACCAG